AUGAGUCUUGCGUCGCCAGUGUUCAAAAAGCUUUUCUUGCCGGGCUUUCGUGAGAGCAAUGAACUUGAAAGCAAUGGCGAGGCGGACAUCUUACACCACCGCGCCCCGGAAGAGGCUAGAUUAACUACCAGGCAGCUGGUCACAAUCGCCAUCCAGGGCGACAAUCUUACUACAGCUGAGGAGCACGGGCUGAUUCUCCUUGCCAUACACUACCUUCGCUUGGCGGAUAUCUUCUCCAUCUAUUCAGCCAAAGCUCAGAUCCGACUGGCGCCUACCUUUUACGACGAAGAGGCCAAUUUUGAGAGUUUGGCAUCAAUGCCCGAUCUCAUUUAG